UCUUCACCCUUGGUUGUCGCAGUAAUUGUACAGUCAGGGGGCAACAUGGCGCUUGGAAGAAUCAGUGUCUGCUUCCGAGUACUGCUUCAUGAUAUUCCCUCAAAGGGAUUAUGUCGUGGCCUCAUACAAUCGGACUGUAUGACAUGCAGGGUAGGAGCAAAAAGGCAUCUGCUGUCAGAGGAUGUUGUCAAGCUACAAGAAUUUCAGCAGCGGAAACUGGCAGUGGCUCAUCAAGUGUCCGGAUCAAAAAGUCAUUAUAUUGAGGUAUUUAAUCAGAAGCUGAUGAAGAAACAGCUAGUAUUGAAGGAUGAGUUAAAGCUGCUUCUACACCUUUGCCAAUCUGCAGAGGACAUGGUCACAGCCAGAGGUGCCAUCUACAGGUACCAUGAGGAGAACAGAAACGUAGCAUUUGGAGAGUUUAAGUUUGGUCCUCUCUUCAUGAGGCUGUGCUAUGAACUGGGGCUGGAGGAGAUGGCUGCUGCCACACUGACAGACAAGGAUUUGAGAGGAUUCUUCUCGGACUCAACCUCCUUCAAUAUUGCCAUAGACAUGCUGUUUAUGAAAGGAUUAUAUGAGAGUGGUCUGGAUGUACUGCGAGACAUGAAGAACCAAGGUGUGCCAUUCAACAAGGACACGUUCACAUUAGCAACUGGUACUUGCUAUAAACUGAACACUCCAGAGUCCUAUAGAAUCUGUACUGCCCUGAUGGAGGAGGGACAGACCAAAGGACACAUGAUACCCAGGCACGCCUACUGCUUCACUGUGGCGCUAGCACUUAGACAGAAUGAUGUUGAAAAAGCACAAUCCAUGUUUGGUCAGAUUAUGAGCACUGACAGCAGAAUAUGCCAAAAUCUCAAAGUUCUGAUACUGGCUAUGGCAGGAGCUGUAAAAGAAUCCCUCUUCAUCCUGACCCUAGCCUUGGGUUCUAGCACCACUGUCUUUAUCAAGAAGCCUGAAUUUGCACAGGAAGUGGUGGACCUGGUGCGUUUGCGGAGUGAGGACAGUCCUUUAAUGGCGGGUGUGGAGGAGGCAGUGUCCCGUCUCCAAAAUGCUGGUCAGGUGACACAACGGAGCCUGGAUGAAAUGUUGUGUCACACCCCCACGGGGAAGAGGAGGAUGCCCAUAGGAAUGAUGGAGGAGAGAUUGAUCAGCCGGAGGACUCUGAGGCCCCUGCAGUCCACUCUGCUCUCAGAGUGAGGAUGAGGACUAGGUGUAUCUCCCAGCAUGUUUGAGGGGAUCGGUUCGUGGUGCAGAAUCACCAAUCUUGACCCCAUAAUGAGUAGUUAUUUGGGAUGCAAGGUGAUUUGUAGAUCAGUGAUUCUGUGCAGUUCGACUGCAAUGUAGUCAUCCUAAACUUAGCUGUCCCAGUCAUGGCCAUCUCACACCACUCAAAAGGGACUGAACAGAGAUGGUCUCUGAGCUUUGCUCUCUCUCUCUCUCCACCUGGACCUUAGUUAUACUGUACCAUUCAGUGAAAUCAACCUUUCCUCUCAACCAGAGACCCCUCUGUAUCCUUCCUUCUUGGUAUUUUUGGUCUAUCCUAAAAUAUGCUUUAGGGUGGAACCGAUAUACUUGUAAGUUCAAUGGCUUGGGAGAUCCUUUAGAGCCUUUCAGAAAGAAUAAACUCCUGGCUGUGGAAAGGCUCCCUUGAAUUCAAGGGAUGCUCACCUCACAUCAAUGCAACACUAUAACAUCAGACAUUGACAGCAAUGUGUGGAAAGAAGAAUGUAAGGGUAUGUGAGACACACCUGUAAUUGUUUGAUCAAAAUGUAUUAAAUAUUGAAUGCUA